AUGGACUUCCUUCAACCAACGUUGAUCGAUGGCGAGGGAACGGUGGUUUUCAGCCGAGGCGGGGAGGAGGGGAGGAAGCGGGAGAGCAUCGCCACCUUCACCUUCGCGCCCAUCCCCACGUCCCCGUCCGUCAUCCUGCCCGAGGACGACGAUCGCUCGUCGUCCAAACGCGCAGCAUCCACGUCGUCGACCUCUGCCUCGGGUCCAUCCAAGCAGUGGGACGCGGCCGGCCUGGCGAAGCUGGUCCGCGCGCAGUCCCAUGUGCGACGAUUCCUCGCCCAGAAGCUGAGUAAACGCCUCAAGGUCGUGCGCGAGCUGGAGCAAACGGAAUCGCGCUACAUCAGUUCCAUGCGAUUACUGGUCAAGUUGUUCAUCGAACCGCUCGAAGCCAGGGUGACAGAAGGCCGACCGAUCAUCGAGCCCCAGAUCGUGCUCGAUAUCUUCUCGUGCAUUCGCGAGUUGCUGGAGCUGCACGAGGCCUUUCUCCAGCGUCUCGUCACCCGGCUGGGCAACCUCUCCGCCUUUCGCGCCAACACCAUCGCAGACAUCUUUCUCCUUCACACCAAGUUUUUGCUGCUGUACCCCUUCUACGUGAACAACUUCACCGUGGCAUCGGCCACUCUGAAGAAGGUGAAGGCCAACAACCCCGAAUUCGCCGAGUUCGUGCGGCAGCGAGAGCGACGAUCCGAGAUGAAACUGCAGGAUGUCGAAUCGUUGCUCCUCAUGCCGGUCCAACGGAUACCCCAGUACACCCUGUUGCUCCAGGAUCUGCUCAAGCAGUGCAAGCCGAAGACUUCACUGCACGCGGACCUCUCUCUUGCGCUUCAGCACCUGCGCGAUUGCCUGUCGCACAUCAACGAGCAGAAGCGGGACGCGGAGAACGCGGCACAGCUCGAGGUGCGCCUCAAGCACUUCGUCUACCGUUCCAAGAAGGACGCACUGCCGCAGAGCCGAAAGCGACGACUGCUCGGCGAAGGCCCUGUCACGUUCUACCAAAAGAGCAAAGGCAAGAAGCUGUGGCUCUUUGUGCUGUCGGACGCGCUGGUGAUGGCCAAACCGAAGAAGAAGCCCAACAAGGACACAUCGCCCCGCGGUGCAGCAUCGCCUUCGUCUCCUCAGGCCCCGGCUGGCGACCACAAAGUCGAGCACAUCGUGUACCUCAAGGAGCUGAACAUGCUUUCAAUCCCGUCGACCGCGCCGGUUGGGGACGAGGGUCGAUUCUCGGUGCACGGGCGGGGACUCAAGCUCGAGUUCGGUGUCAAGGGCGGCCCGCGGGCGGCCGAGGCGUGGGUCCGGACCAUUCAGCUCUCGCUGUUGGCCUACCAGCACCAGGCCAAGCGCAAGUUCCUCAAAACGACGAUGAGGCGUUCGGUAAAGAGCGGACCUGCGCCAGGAGCAGUGCCCUCCGGCUCGCCCAGAGACGCGCAGGGCUCCAACUCGGCGCCGCUGCCCGCCGUUCCGUCUUCGCCGUCGGCAUCAGGCGCCCGCGCCUCCCUCUCCGACCUCUUUUCCUCCCGCGGCUAA